CAGAGUUUUAGCCCUAAACGCAUUAGCAAACUGAUAAAGAGCCGUGAGGAGCCGAGCGGAAAGGAACAAAUCGGGCGCCGGCCGAAUGUAAGCAACUCCCAAUUUUGCGGUGGCGUUUUUACUUCACUGUGCUAAGGUUGAAAACCACUUAUUUAUACGGUCACGUUGAGAAAACUAAGCCAAAUCUUAUGUGAAUAAUUAAACAAUUCUUCUUCUCUUUUUUCUAGUUGUGUCGCUAGGAUCAAGCAUGGAGAAUGGCAUGAUGAAUGGAGACCACCAUAACGGCCAUGAUCGAUCUCGUUCUCCUUCGCCGGGACUGAGUCGGUCAAACUCGCGAAAUGCGAGCUGUAAAGAAAUUAACCGCACGUCGCUCCUACGAAGAAACCAAAGUCUAAGCGCCAAACAAAUUCGCUUUUACAGAAAUGGGGAUCGGUUUUUUUGCGGGCUUAAACUAGCUGUGUCUCCCGAGCGGUACAAGGAGUUCGAUGCUCUGCUGGCGGAGUUAUCAAACAAGCUGGAACUUUCGACGGGAGCUGUACGUUUUGUAUUCAACGCUGAAAAUGGCAAGAUGAUUACAGACGUGAACGAGCUUCAGUACGGCUCUAGUUAUGUUUGUUCUUCGUGUAAUGUCUUCAAGGAGGUUGAGGGCGGAUAUGGGAGCAUGAAGCCCUCUUGGUCGCUCGCGCAUCACAAGAAAGAAAACGCGCCGACGUCCUCACCAUCUCAUCAGAUCGAUGGAAGCCGGGAUUUCAUCAAACCGAAAUUGGUCACAGUUAUGAAGAAUGGAAAACCCCCACAAAAGAAAGUAACCAUGCUACUCAAUGCUAAAACAGCAGUUAGCUUGGAACAAGUUUUGGAUCAUCUGUCUUCAAAGGGAACACUUGGAAAGGUCGACAAACUACACACAGUCGAUGGAAAACAGGUAAGCUUAUUUGAUUUUAUUGUCGGCCAUUUUUCGUUCUUUUGCUUGAUCAGGCCAUUGAACUGGCAUCUGUGUUACCACAUCCAUUAAUAAUUUAUCUUUAGUCUUGGAUAGGUUGCCUUUGUUCGCCUUUACCUUGAGAAAAAUAUCUCUAUCUCUUUGUUGUUGACAGAUUUUAGUUGAAUGGUUGGACGAAUUUGUUCGUCAAGGUUUUACUCCGAUCUAUUGUGAUAAGGCCAUGGUGGGCUCGUGUCAAAACUAUAAGCAACACGCGGCUCGCAAUAAUUUUCCUUGAGUCAAAGCUAUAAACAUGUUUCCCUUUUUUCGAAAACGUUUCUGGCGUAAUGGCGUUCAUAAUGAAAUCAUGUCCUGAUGUCUAUUUCAGCCGUAAUGAACUGCGAAUCCGGCGAUGACACAGAAAUGAAUUUUAGCCGCGUGGAAAUUUUGUUGCGUGAAUGACUGUGUCUGUUUCGUGGAUUAUUUUUCGUCGCUUUUCUUUCUGGUUAAUGGGAAGCUAUACAACGUGUAGAUAUUUCCUUUCAUUUUUCUCGUUAAAUUUAUUCCCCAGAGUAUAGUUUGUUUGAUUUCAAGCGCUUUUCAAUUUUAGUCCGUGUGCCCGCCACGUGGAUCAAGGCUUUCAUUAUUUAUACCGUUAGUCUUGGUCACUUUUAAGAAGCUUACCUUCUUUCUAAGGACGAUUUUUCGACUGAGCAAUUUUUCCAAUUUAUACAGUUAUGGGUGGAUUCACAUUGAAGGGAAAUAGCUGUCGCAAGAGCAAAUAUUUUCUGAUUUGUUUUUGUUUUUCAUGCGAGAUUUCGCAGCUCGCCUAAGGUAAAAUUUUCACGGCAGGCGUCCUUUGUUCGCAGAUCUGACGAAUUUCGUAAUAAGUCCACAAAUGCGUUCUGGUGUGAAAGAUCGACCCUUUGAAGAAGUUUAGCCGAUCAGUAUUUUUCACGGGAGUUUAGGAUUACAUUAAAUUGCAUCACAAAUUUCAUCCCCUGUCACAUUGUACGAAAGCCAAGUGCUUUAUUUGUUGACUUCCACACUACAUUGGUCGCGUAUAAAAUGACUUGACAUAUAAAUCAACUCCUUUCCUGUAUUUCGUUUAUUUGUUUUAACAUCUUCAUACAUUACAGCUUGUUGCGUUAGUUUUUUUUCAUCUCCACUUCAUCAAGGGCCAAUGUGAAAGUUUCAUUUGUCUGAUAAAAACAGACCUUUAAGUAAUCAUUUGGGAAUUUUGUUUGCAUUAGUUGUAAGUUGUAAAUAUUUAUUCUUAUUCAAAGAACAGAGGUUCUCCCAUCAUUAUCCAAGAAUCAGAUUGUUUCAAACAAGAAUACAGCUGUACUCUUCUCUUAUAUUAUCUGUUCACCAUCUUGUGAAAAAUUACAAAAUGCUUUGCUGGUGAAGAAACAAAAAGCGCUUGUGAGGUUCUGCUUCAUUGAAAAAAAGUAAUUUCCUUUGUAUUUUCUAUUUACAUUUGACACCUUUGAAAUUAAAGUGUGAUUAAAAAUUCUGUGGAGGAUUUUCGUUCAUUUUUUCCCUGGAUUUUUGCUUAUCAAGUGUAAGAUUACAAAUGAAGAAGCAAAGGCAUUCUUUCUCAGAGAAGAUAUAGAUAUUUUAGGAGACAAGUUUUACCACCUCUGGGUUGAUUUGGUCGUGCAUGUGAUGCUCAUCUUAGUGAGUUAAAAUUUUUCAAACUUUUUUCCUCAAGUGAAAUGUAUUUUUAACUCAUUCUGCUACAACAGGCAAAUUGUAGUCCAAGUAGAUGUUAGAAACCAUGGGAUGUGAUAUAAUAAACAUCGCCCCUGGAAAAUACAAUGAACUAUGUGCAUUUGAUUUAUAGAUGUUAUUACUCGUCAGAUAAUGAAACUAUUUUGCACAGCACAGUAAGCAAUAACACAAAGUUACAUGAGCUACAUACAAGUUGUUUCACUUGAAGAUGUCAUCAAAAGACUGAAAGUUAAAUUGGUCUGAUGCCAUAUUUUUUUGUCUCACAGUAAAAUCUGCCCAUUGGCAUUUAUUUCAGGACAGUUUUUAAUCAACAAAUGAUCUUAUUUAAUUAAAUGACUAAUGUUCUGAUAUGCAGAGUAAGCUAUUGACUAUAUUACAUCUAUACUCAAGACAUGUUUGGCCUAUUUUUCUUGCGUGCAUAAGCAACAUUUGUCGACAAUCCAACUCUUUAAUCACCUGUUGUUUCAGUUCAGAGUACCGAUUUUCAAAAUACACAGAGUAACAUUCCUGAAGGGAACUGGCUUGGGUUUAAAAACAGAAGUAGUCCAUACAUUUGAGUUUUUAUUGUGUCUCACCAUGGGUGUGAAACCAAAGAAGUUGAUAGUUUAUAAAAGUAGAAAGACUAGCUGCAGCGUUUAAUUGUAUAGAGGAUAGUUUGGAUCUAUUACAUUGAUCAAUGGGAAGGAAGUGGAUGUUAAUUAAAGCUCCCAAUAAUGCUCGAUAUUGCUUAAUUUUCAUCUUUGUCAUAUGUUUUAAUAUUAUUUGUCAUCAAGUGGCAAUGUUAUGGUUCGUUGAUCUGACGCAUGAUCAGUCCAUUCAACCCUUUUUCUGUAAGUAAAACUUUCAAUGUGAACUUUAAUUCAUUUUGUGCUGUACAAUGUCCGGCUAACUUCUGAAUCUAUGGGUGGAAUCCUAUACUGUGACCAUUUUAAUGAAAACUAUUGAGCAGAAGGUUCCUGUGGUGCUGUUUAAUAAGCUGUACAAGAUGGUUCCAAUCUAUGAGCCUGGGCCAUAAUCCUCUUAAAAGUGUGACCAUUAACUUGAAAGACAUUCAGUGGUGUCUUAAGCUUCCUUAGUCUUCAUCAGUGUUGUUUUUAUUCUAGAAUUUCACUUAAUGCCACUCUGGGGGUGGAAGGGUUAAUCGCAUUUUCUCAGUGCAUUUGGGUUGAUGAUACAUUUAUGUUUUGGAGUGUAAUAAAUCUCAUUUUAUGAACAUGCUUUAUACAAUAAUCCUAUUAAAUAAAGUUUUUUUCAUUUUUAUCCGUCAUCCUUAAUUUUGUUUAAAUUUUCAAUAACUUUAUUAUCUUAAGUUAUCUAACCAUAAAUUUUUUUCCUGUGAAUUUGGUGUUUAACUGUCUCAGCACUUCCGUUUUCCAGUUGAUGUUUUUUGUUAUUGUUGAAUCACUUCCAAAUGGAUUCAUUGUUUUCAGAUCAGAGAGCUUCGACAUCUGUUCAAUGAUGACACCAUGUUUGUUGCCCUGCAAAGCCAUGAAAAAUUCCCAGAGGAAGGAUUUGAUGUUGAUGUACAAAGUGAGUGGUGGAUUUUUUUUUUCCUAAAUGCCUUGAAUCUUAGUAUCUUUUCUGGUGUGAUCAUUUGGGUAAAGGUAUUGAAAAAAUGGUAUCAUUUGAUAAAACUGUAAUCUUUGGAUUUUGGAAACUCCAUGCUGCGAAUGGAACAGUUUCUUUUGGGUUUUCUGACAGAUCUGAUGAAAACGACAAUCUCGUGAAAUACAAGUUGUAGUCCCAAAUUAGACUUUGUUACUGGAAUGGUUUGAUAGCUUGCUUUUGAAUUUUUUUUUCUUAUGAAUUUUGGGGAAAAUUUCCAAGAAAAUGUCUCUUCUUAAAGGCAGGGUCUAAAGUACAGGUCACGUUCAGAGUACAGGUCACUGCUCCAUUGAUAAAUUCCCAAACCACACAGAUUCUCCUCAAUCUAAUAGAGCAUUUUGUUAAGAGAUUAGGGCUGGUAGACACUAGUGCAGUUUUUUUAUCUGUAUAAUGGUGACCUGUACACUGACCUGUUGAAAAUGAUCUCUAUUUUAGACCCACGGGUGUUGACCACCUAGUCAUGUUCCUGAUGUUCCUAAAUUAGUAUGUCAAGUUAUUUAAGAAAAAGAUCAGUCCAGUUUAUUCUUUGGGGUUUAAUGUGAACACUUUUGAUUAGUGGUGUGACUCUCGUGUAAGCGAGACAAAAAUGAGCAAAUUACUAUUUAAUAAUGUGCCGAGAGACUGUGCACGUGCUCUUCAUUUAUGAUGACAAACUUAUGAACCUGUCAUUGCCCUUGUCGCUUGAAAUCUCACACUUUUAAGAACCAUGCUCAAAGCAGGCCAGGAAAUAGGACCCUUAAUGUAUAGGAAUCCCGCACUCAUUUUGAGCUCGCUUAUACGAUGGCAAACGGUAAACUUUUACUGGGCUAGUUUCCUCAGCCAAGUUUAAUAAUACUUGGUGCUUUUUUUCUGAUCCCAGGGUUCUACCCUCGCCCUCGCUGGCGUUAUGCACCUGUAACAGAUACUUAUUCCUAUAUUCCUGGCCUGCGUCCCGAGCCCCCUCCUCCAGAAAAGAAGUUUACAGUUCACUUGCACUGCAUCUUAGCGGCAUCCAUGUCAAAUUUGACAUUACCAAGGCCGCUACCAGUCAGAGCAAGAUCAGUUUCACCCAGACCUUCCAGAAAAUCUUUUUCACCUUCACCAAAAUCAACGCAAAGAUCUUCUGCAAGUUUCACUCCUCAAAGACCAAAAACUGCCCUGGGGGUUCCAUCAGAGUUUUCUCGUAAAGCUCUCAUGCCUCAAGCAAAAGAAAAUGGUACUUUCAGACCAGCUAAGAAGAAGGCUGGUUCUGAUAAACCUGUUCCUAUCAGACCAAAAGCUGGCUCAGAUACUCCUGUUGCAAUACGAGGAAGAUUGAGACCCGCAGAACCAAAAGUAUUGCCUUUGAAUGACUCACAGAGAGAAGAUCCUGAAUCUGAAAAUGUCGAGGGUCGACAUGGAUAUUAUAUUUAUAUUUACAAUGAGAAGAUAAGCAAAAGCCAAGGACUACAAGAAGGGAAACCAACUGCAUCAGUUCGACCUAUGAUGUUCUCCAAUGAUGAUCAGGGAGAAGAUUUUGAUCCUGUCAGCAAAUUAGAUCUAAAGCCCAUGACAUUAAACCUGUCACCUGUUGACUCACUUGAAACGAUCACUGCUUAACCCUUUAAUUCCUAAUGGUGACCAACAUCAAUUUUCUCCUAACGAUAUUCAUACAUUGUCAAGAUAUUAGGUUAUGAGAAUCAAUGAAAUGAUCACCAAAGAGAUAAUGCCCUGAUCUUUUAUCAAAUUCUCUCAACACACUCUUUAACAAAUGUAUGGAGAUCAGUUUGGAGAAUUUGUAUAUGUGUAUUGGGGCUUAAAAGGUUGAUUGUUGUUACAUGUAGCUUUCAUGACCUUACUUGACUAAGGUAGUCAUAAUUUCAAAUUUGAUUAGAAAAAGUUCCAGAUACACUCACUGAUCUUGAAAUUUUUAUUGAUUUAACAAAUUCGUCUGUGGCUUCAGAUAAUUUGAAAUUACAUAUUUUUUGUCCGUUGACCAACCACUUGGCCAAUUAUCAUGACACCUGAUUUUUCUCUAAAAGCACUUCACUUAAAUUGGCCCAGCUACUUUUAAACUCUCAUCUACAGUUAAGUCUUGUUUAUUUAACCCUCCAAAAAAGGCAGCAGAUUUUUAGGUACAAUAGCAGUGUUUUGUCGAGGUUGUGUUGUAGUUAAAAUAGUAAGGGUAGACAGUUGCAUGAGUUAUAAUAAAACUAUUAGUGAUAAUGAUACUAAUAAUCAUAAUAAUUAUAAUCAUAACCAUUAUAAUGAUAUUGAUGUUACCACAAAACUUAUUAUACCAGUUUUAUGUCAAGGAAAUGGGGAUCAAUAUUGUUCAAAUUUUUAUUACUCAAAUGUGUGUGGAUAAUCAUGUCUCCCAUAAAAAAUAAGAAUGUUCCCGUGAGAGAGUUUUACAGAAAGAGUUCUACAAAUAGUAAACUGUUAACGUUGCUUUCUUUGCAUUUUAUUUAUAGAUUUUUGUAGUCGUAUUUAUUUGUGCACUGUUUUGGUGAAAGCUUGAAAAGUAUUUAUCCAUUCGUUUUACACGAGCUUGAUGCUCUAGAUUUAUAAACACAAUAAGCAGAGCUUUUAAAAGGCAUACUUGUGCACAUUCAAAAUUGUUUAUUCUUCUAAAACUAACACAUCCUCUAUAUGUUAUACUUGAGCUUUGUGCUUAAGAUUGAACUAUGCAUUUUGUCGGUAAUAUUAUUUGAUCCCUUAUAAAACAAGGUCCAAAACCAAGAGAUUGAAAACGUUACUCAACAAAUAAUUAAUGUGGAUUAGCUUUUCAUGUUAGAGUCAUUUCUAUUUUCGAUAACAUUUGUGCAUCAAAUCAUAUUUCGUAGUGCAAAAAUUUAGUGUGAUUCAAACAUAUCCUAGAUCAUGAUUCUUGAUAAAAGAACAAGUAUUUUUGAUAGCAUUCAGUAUUUUUGUUGAAAUGUCCUGAUCAACUUUUAUUACAACAGAUGAAAUUAAAUUAAGCUGUGUUAUAACAAUAAUUCUAUUAAGUCUCUCUAAUACAAGGUGAUUAACAAAUUAAUAUUACUAAUAUUAAUAAUAAAUUAUUGUCGCAAAGUAGCAGUUUAUCAUUGAGAUUAAAAAACGUAGAGUGAGGAAUAACAUGAGUAGUGUAAAAGUAUUAAUCCUUUCACUGACAACAAAUGCAUGGCAUUACAUCUCGUACAAUUCUGAAAAAUUGGCCAUACCCAUAAAAAAAAAAAAAAUGUUAUGCAAUGCAGUUUUAGAUAAAUCAAUUAAACUUCUUGGACUUUUGCAUGUGAUUAGUUUCAUUUUUUAGGCUUCCAUCCUUGUCCUGUCCUGUUGUGUCGUGUUGUGUUAUAAUGUGGUAGUUUAAUUCCAUAGUUAAAAGGUGGAACAAAGAAUAUAGAUUCACAUAUAGAGUGACAGAAUUACAAUGGCUGUAUUACUGUUGUGUUUCAUUACCAUUCUUAAGUGCAUUUUUUAAUACACAAGGAACUACUGUAGUUGCAACAAAACACAUCCUUGAGUUUCAAAAGCAUGCAGGAAUAAUAUUUUAAUUCACAUAAGUGCUCACAUAAUACAUUGGAUGACAGAACAUAAGAAAAAUAAGGAUACCAUUGGUUUUAUUUUUAAAAAAUGUUCCAUGAUUUUCAUGUUCACGCUGGGUAUGUGUACUCAAUUGAUAGCAAUAUAAUGAACUUGAACUGCCUAGUUGUGACAUGUGCAUUUCAUUGAACAUUGUAUAGACAUUUCAUUAAUAAAUUAAUAUUAUAGUCAAUAAAAAUUAUUGGGGCAGAGGUAAUUAAAGGGUUAUAUAUAACAGGGUAUAUUCAAUGCUAAUAAAGCUUGUGUUUCAGUUAAGAGAUAUUUAACAUACAUUUUAAAAUGCUACUAAAAUGGCAAGGAACUUAAAGUUCAUGAUAUUCAUAUUAUAAUGUUAUAUUAGGCACAGUUUACAUCAACAAUAUACAACAAUUCAGUUUGUUAUUGAAUUAACAUUUUUUAAGGGAUAGUAGUUCAUCAUGUGAAGGAUUGGAGAGAGGUUAUGAGAGACUAGGGAUUUUUUAACAUGAAUGUCAGAAAUAUUCAAUGACAAGUCGCUACAAUAAUGUCCAAGGAGUACUUUUUAAGGUUUUAUAAAUAUGGGAGAGUAGAGAAUAUUUUUGGAAUAGCUGAAAGCACUAAGCAAUUAAAGAUGAUGUUUUAAUGAAACCUGAAAGAAAGAUGAAUGAUGGCAGUGAAAUAUUUCUUACAAAAUGGAACUGGAAAGAUGUCAUUUAUUUUGUAUUAUUGCAUUUUACAUUACGUUGUUGUUUUAAAGACACAACUGCCAUGUAUGUGUGAGACUUUUAUAAUAAAAAAUAAAAAGUGCAAAAUCAUGUGUAGUGGUUGCUUUUUUCUUAAGAAGCCCUUAAAUGCACCUAUGAACCCAAAACCAACUCAUUAUCAGCAAAACACAUCAUCAUGUUUGCUAUUUUGUACCUGUUAAUGAGAAGGAGGAGGUUAAAGGGAAAGUUUCCUUCAUCUUUGAGAAAAUUAAUUUUUUAGAAGUAGGAAUUAAAAGAUAUAUUAUACCGACUGAAGAUAUUUUUGUUUUCACAAAAUGAAUUUUUUAGGUUAUAAGAUUACUCCAUAUAGAGACCUCAAAAGGCCAAGUGGACUAAAACGGUCCUCCUCGUUACGAACCCCACGUGGUCGACGAGACAGUGGCUCAAAUGAAUCAGGUAAAAAAUGCCCAAAUUGAGCAUACUUUGAUAUCACAGUCAAACUGUCAAAACAGAACACUUGAAAUGUUUAAGAAUGUUUGUUGUGUUAUAACCAAUCACAGCAAAGAUCAGGACAUGCCAGCGAGACAGAAAACCACAAACUUUCUAAUUAACAAUUAGAAAGUUUGUGGUUUUUUGGCUUGCAGCUUGCAGUUUAAUUUUCUCAUGCAUGAUUGGCCUUUUUCUUCAACAGCAACAUUCCGGAAAUAUUUCUGGUGUUUAUGGUUUUGUUGGUUUCACUGUUUUAUAUAAAAAUUAUUAAUAUUAAACAAACAUUUAAAUGUUUCUCUCUCAUUGUUGAAACCUGAAUAAAAGCAGUUAUUACUUAUGCUACAAAGCCAAAUGAGUACUAAAUCGAAAUGUAUUUUAAUUUCAUACUAUCUUUUUUUUAAAAAAGGAGCAGUAUCUAAACCAAAGCAAUCACAGUCAUUCCCUAUUUAAAACUUUGAAUGAAUAUUUUACUCGGUAUAAGAAAAGACUUCAUCCAUUAGGUAAUUUGAUGAUGAUAACAAUGGCAAUAAAACACACAAGGUUCUGUUUUUUUAUGUCAUUUUUCCAAUAUAAUUCUUUAAAGUACAGUUAUUGGAUAAAAACUGAAUUUAUGUCCUUUUUAUUAGGUUGAGUAUUAAACAAAACCAAUAAGAACAAGUACAAAUUACCUCCUUUUUAAAAAAUGUUCUCAAUGAGAUAAAACCCCUAAUGCUUUAGGCAAAAUAAUGUUAAUAAAAAAUAACAAGAAUUGCUAUUUCAGGUGGCCAUGGCCCUAGUCGUGAUCGCCAAGUGCGGCGCUCUUCCUCAGGUAAAAUUUUAACACAAAUUUAAGGCAUAAAUGAAUAAGUUCAAACUCAAAUUCAUCUUAUUUUACACUAAAGUAAACUCUUGGAAGCGGUUGUUAAAAAUUACCUAAAUGGAGAAGUUGAGAGACCAUCCAAGAUAUUUCUAAGUUAAAAUAACAUUAAAUGUUGAUUUGGUUUUAAAGCUCUGAACCUCUUUUAUUUAUACCAGGUGAGAUAAUUUUUGCAUUUUAACAUUACCAUGUAUAUUUUUUAUCGUUCGCUGAACCAGUAUUUUUCUAAAUACAACAAUUCAUCUUAAGUAAUUAAUCUUGAUUUUGACUGUUCCGAACCAUGAUGUCUGCGAAAUACACAGUUGUGUCAGAGUAAAAACAUGGGUGUUUAAACAGCCGCUAGGUCAAAACCCUCUUCCUAAUUUUCUAAACCUGUGGGCAAUAAAAGCCUUUGAAUAAGUUUUUUAAAAUAUCUUUAUGCAGUUAAGAGUGCCAGCAAGGAUCGACGGACAAGUCCUGGACCUCCAGCCAACAGGGUAUAACAAUCUAUCCCAAUAUGUAUUUAUUGUUUAUGAUAAAAAAUAUAAUGAUUAUUUCUUAUCUAUCCAGCUAUGCUACUUAUUGCACAAAAAGGCAUGAAAUAAGUGCAAAAUAUCCCACGUUACUGUGCAGUUGGUUUUUUUAUAUCUUAUAAAACCUGUUUGACAGGUCGCUGCAUAUCUAGAGAUUACUUUCUGACGGAAAAUUUUGAUUUCACCUUGAUGUAGUAGUCCUUUGACUUACAGAAGUAACAGCAAUUCGUAUUUAAAUGUAGGAAUAAAAUUGUUUUGUUUUGUUUUGUAAAAGAGGGAAAACAAAACUAGCGCAUUGUGAAAGAUAUUUUGCCAAAGAAGCAAUUGGAUGACUAGCCUGUGAAUGGCAGACGUAUUUCCGGGCGUCGCUUCUCUCCCUCCAAAAAUUAAUUUUCGGAGGGAGAGAAGCGACGACCGGAAAUAUGUCUGCUGUUUGCAGGCUAUUGGAUGUUAUCAUAAGAUGUCAUUAUCACAGAAACUGGUUGAACUGCAUUUCAUAUCUGCAUUUCUAUAUGUGAAAUAGUAAGAGAAUUGUAGAGCAAAAUAACUAAUAAUCAUCUUAAACAUUUCUGUUGUCUUGUAGAUGAAUGGUCACAGCCCAAGAAGUAAGUUGGGAUUGUUACUGCUGUAAAUUCUCUUGAACGUCAAACAUCUUCAUGGUGGCAAAUUGCAAGGAAAUACAGUUACUAGGCAAUUUUUACUUUGCAAAGUCUAUAUGUUUCUGUGCGACACUUGUACUGUAAAUGAAUAUAUAUUGGCAGUUACGAGGAGUCUUUAGAAUUUUCUCAGUUAAAGCAUAGGUUUAGAAUGUUAUUCCCCUGGGAUGUAAUUGAAAUUAUCAUAAAACCAUUGGAGAACAAGCAAAAUGAAUGAUAUCCUUGUUUAUUCCAUGGAAAGAAGCUUCAUUUAUUACCUUUUACUUUCUGAACUGGCCCGUCAAAGAAAACAUUUUUUUAAAAGUUUUGUAUCUUGUAUUUAUUUUGUCUGCCUGUGGUUCUUGGAAAAGUAAUUUCAACUUAAAAAAUAUCCAUAUGUAUUCCUGUUUUAGUGUUAUGCCGUAAAAGUUGUUAAAGUAUUUACUCACAGUAUGUUUCCUUCUAACAGCAGCCAGUGCCAAGAGUCCCACAGGGUCUUCUGGCAGAAGGGUUGGUUUAUUUUAGUUUUUUUCUUCUAGUUUGUUUAAUGAAGCUCAGCAUAUUAUUAUUCUAAGUUUAUGAGUGCGCUCCAUUAUGCCAGUAAUUGCGAAAAUUUUGUUUGAAACAAACGAGUGGUGUGUCUGCGGUGUCUCCAGCGUUGGUCCUCUUGGACUGAUCAGUCUUAAACUAGGUUUUCCAUUUUCAAAAAUUAAUAUUUCUAGUCUCACUUCACUGAUAAAAAUUGUUCAAAGUAUACACAACACUUUGGUUUGGUUAGAAAUUUUAUUUUGAUUGAUCAAUGUCAUUCCAUUGUCCCUUGGUCUGUUCAACUAGUCUCUGACUUGUUGGUGUGGUGUCAAUAGUCAUAGAAGUGUUGAAAAUCUAUCUUAAACUUAGUUUUGAAAAUCGAAACUGUAAUAUUUCUGAAAGUGGAGUCGAUGCUUGAGAGCUCUGUAAAUGAUAAUAUUUUACCAUUUGAGAGUCUGGCCAGAAACAAUAGUUUCAGAGAUGUGGUCAUUGUGUUGGUGAUGAUGUUUGAAUAAACCUGCUUCAUCAUUGUUUUUUAGAGAAAUUAAUGUAUAGUCUGCUUAACGUUUUUCAGAGCCUUAAUUCUCUUUGGCAUCCCAGCAGUUUUGAUGUAAAAGAGGACACACUCAACCUUAGAGGUUGACUUUGCCCCCCCCCCCCUGCCUAAAAAAAAGUCACAACUGUCACAUUCCAUUUUUUUUUGCAGACUCCAAACAGUGGCCCUGUUCAUCCUAAUGAUGAGUUGUAAGUUUCUAAAAGUUAUACAACACUUUUGAUUGAAGUCUCAGCUUUUGGCGUCUUUUACCACUUUUCCAUCCUUCAAUAGAUACUCUGCUAGAUUUCAGUCAUCAUCAAUUAGAGUCCACUUGAGUAACUGUAUGUCUAGUUCUGAAAUACCUCAUUCUAUAACCAUGAACUGAGACGAGCAAUCAGGAAGUGCUGUGAAAUCUGUUUGUUUUUCCAGUGGAAAUUAGUCGUGUGUAGUGGACAACCCUCACAUCCUUUUGAACAAAGGAUAAGAACUAUUAAGGGAAGGUGUCUCAAAUUCUACAAAAGCUUUUUUUGGUUUACUUGUUCUGAAAGGAAGUUGGUAAAAAAUCAAUCAAAAUUAACAAUGCUGACAAAUUAUUAUGUCAUUGAAAGGAGCAUCUCUGUACAAAGACCCUGUUCCAUCUUUAUGACUGUAAUCAGAAAUGUUUGAUCGGAAAUUUUAUCUUUAAACCUUUUUGUGGUCAAAUGUCUUUCUCAGAGGUGUCUGCAAUAUUUGAAAAGUUUUUUUGACCGAAAAAAAAGUAGGGGAUAUCUGCACACUGGAUCUCAUGUUUGAUAUUUUAAGCAAAAAUAAAUAUUUGAAAAUGUUUAUUUAAAACAGGUAUCCAGCUAAUGUUUUUGAGAAGGACUCCCCGGACACAGGUGAGAAUUAUCUUCACAAGGAUUUGAAAUUUAUUCAAGAUCAUACCUUGUUUGCAGGAAUAUAGACAGCCAGAUACCAAGAAUAUCCUUAUAAAUGAAAAUAGUUUUGCUGCAAGAAAAAUGUAACAUUUAUUUCUCAUUUCAUUUCACAAGAAAGGCACAAGGAGUCCCCUGUGGGAAGUUUGGAUAGGCUAGCUGUUUUGUUCCCUAUAAAACCAAUGCUUAUUCUAAAUCUAUACAGUUUGCUCUUGUGUGUCUCCGUAUUUCUUUAAAAAUCUAAAUUUUAGUUAUUAGAGGUUAAACAAUAUAUUUUGCCUGUCAAAUGUGCAGAGUAAAAAGAUAACAGAUGUUAAACAGUAUGAUCAACAUGUAAAAUCCAUUCUAAAGACCAAGGUUGACUGGCCUGUCACACAGUUUAAAGUGCUAAAUUUGAGUGCAAUUUUACCUGUAAAAGUUAAGCUGCAUAAAAUGUAAUCUUUUCUGCAAUGUCUUUUCCCGUUUAUUUAAAAGUUUAUUAAUGCACUUAAUGGAAAAAAAAAGAAUAAGCUAAUUAAAGAACAUUAAGUAACAGACAAUGUCCUGUAGUUACUCGCCUUUCCAAAUGAAACACACCCAUACAAAUGGCCUUGUUUGUAAAAGCUUUUGGGAGACAUGCCAUUGUUUACUUAGACAAAUUUUCAUACAUUACACAGCUUGGCGGAAGGGAGCUCCGAAGAAGGUCAUUAGGAGACCUAAAGCAAAGGUCACCCCUCCAACAAGUGACAAGUUUUAUUCCACAGUGUGGCUUAGUGACUAUGAUUCAGAGCCGGAAAAAAAAUUAGAAUUAAUAGCAAGUACGGGAACUACUUCAUGUGAUAGCCAUGUAAACACACCGUUUAGUAGCCGGCCCACUUCACCAUUUAGCAGUCAAUUAUCCUCCCCAAUCAGUAGUCGACCAAAUACGCCGUCAGUUUUCUCAAAGUUUGAAGAUGAGGAUUCGGGCUUACAUUCUGAAAAUGAUAAAUCAUACGAGGAUGUUGUUGGUCCUAGAAAAAAAUUGCACCGCACAUUAAGUUUGCCAGAUGCAGAACUAAACAAUCUCUGUGCAGAAGACUUGCAGGAAAGAUUUUCAACACUUCAAUUAGAACAAGAAAACAGAGAACUGAAAAAAUUAACUGCUGAGUUACAAGAGGCAUUAGAAAAAUUAGAGGAAAGAGUCAAUUCUUUGCAGAAUGUUGAAAAUGACAGCUUAGAUGAGGCAGCUUCGUUUUCUUUGACAUGUAACUCAGGUUCACAUUUACUUGAGAACCACAGCCAUGUUUUUUUGCAACCUGACGAGUUACCUCAGACACUGAAGAAAAGAUCUAAAAGUGACAUUGAAUUAAAUGCAAGAAGAAGGCAAAAAAGAGAUAGCAGUACAUGUUGUGUAAGCUAGCCGAAAAAAUAACAGCUAUUUACCAACAAUUUCCUGUUGAUAACUCCCAAUAUACUUUUGCAUAGAUAAAAAAUAAAUAUUUAGUAUGUCCUUUCUUGAGCGAAUAAGCCGAAUUGUAAUUUUUUAUAAAAUUUAAUUUUUUCUGAACAUUAUUUUUAUAACCUAAAGUUAGCAGUUCUAAGUGACAAAACACUGACAAUAUUUUUACUGUAAUGCCCUGACAGCUGAACGAAUUAUGAAACUCUUAUCACCUGAUCGGCACCCUUCAAUCCCUGACUGCUGUGUAUUGUUUGAUAACAAGCAUGGAGACCAAAGUGAAUGGAAGCUUGUAAAGGAAUUUCUUACUGGAACACACUUACAUUAAAUCAGAUGCAGUGCAAUCCCACACAAUUGGCUUUUUAUGUCAAGAAAUACAAUUUAAUCUGAUCAGUCCACUUUGCUUAAAUGUUGAAUCAUGAUCAGCAGUCAUCCAAGUUUGUUCCAAACAAGUGUCAAUUAGAAUCAAAAGAUGUUAAGUACAACCUCUAGGGAAUAAUACAUUUUGAAAAUGCUGAAACAUUUGUUUAAUACUCUUUGUUAAAGCUAAUAAAAUAAUAUUAUUAAAAUAUGACUUAAAAAUCAUUAAUUGCCAUGAAUUUGGAUUAAGUCUUUAAACUGUGUUUUAGUUUCACAUCUUCGUCUUGUUUUCCUCUUUAGACAGAAAAUUAAAAAAACUGAAUAGACAGUGUUUAAAUCAAAAUAUUUUUAAAAUUAGCAAGGAUUUUCUCCUCAAAAAGAAAUGUCUAAAAAUGAAAGCAGGAAGUAUGAUAAACAUCUAAACUGUUAAACUAAGUUUGAGCUAGAGCAUGAGUAGCAGUAGAUUCUGAAAGAUAAAUUCCAAAACCCUUUGAGCUGUAAGUAAUGAUUAAAAUCAGCUUUAAACUAAAAAAAGGACCAUUCUUGUGUCUGUUAAUUCAUACAUACUUGUGUACUCAACCUGUAAAUAAUUUAUUUUAACAAUAAAAUACACAUUAAAGGCCGAUACAGUAAUUUUGUUUAUUUUGGGCAAUUGUUUUACUUACAGUAGCUUUUGAAAUUUGCAAGUCUUUCAAAUGUGUUUUUUCUGUGUGACAGGCCAACCUAUUCUUUAGUAUGGAAAUAUAAAUUUUAUGAUUUUUUUCUUUACUAAUGCUUUAUUGGUAAUGUGUUACAGUCCUAUGCUUGCAGUAAAUAGAUUUUAACUUCACAUUUUAACCUUAUUAAAUACAUCAACCUAGAUUUAAGAACAAGAUUCUUGAGACAUUUAUCUUCAUCUUGAAAACUUAAUGUGAGCUGAAAACCAAGAUAAGUGCAAAAUGAUUGUUGUUAGGGUAGCACAAGUGUUAUUAAAUGAACCACCAAAAUAUUACAAUUUGGGCUGUCACACAUUAAAGACAUGGCAGAUAUUGCACACAAAGGCUGCUGAAGGAUUCUUCAGGGGGUUUUAUUUUAACUCAGUUUUUAUGGAACAUAGGACCAGUAUUUUCUGUUUGGUUGUUUGUUUUUUUUUGCAAGGAUUUUGGAAAUAGGGUACUUCCAAACUCCAUUUGAAAAGGGUGACUGGUUAAAACUCCAUUUUCUUCCUUGCAAGUAUUCGUUUUCACUUUUUCCAAAGUGCCACUGUAAUAACAUACUUUUUACGAGCUCUGAGUUUACAAGACUGAAGUGGAAUUAUUAAGCCCAAUGACUUUUGCCCAAACUCUGUUUCACUGAAUUUGGGCAACGAUAAGUGAGAUAAAAAGGAAAAAUGGGAUGCAUGUUAGUUCAAUGGAACAACGUAUACACUGAAAUUUGUGUAUCACGUUGGGUGUUCUGUGCAUAUUAGGUGCCUUGUUAAAAGAACAUCACUAUUACUAUUUUUUCAAGCUUGAUUUUUUUACCAGAUUUUUUUUUUGAAUAAAGCCAUCACCCCAUAAGUACCAUGCAUGUCUACCCUACCUGUGUUUUGUGCCUUCUGUUACUUGUUCAUCCAACUGCAUUUUCCUUAUCUUCCUCUUUUCUUUUGAAAUCUAUUUUUCCUUUGAUGAACUUUUUCUCGCUUAGCUUUCUUAUUAUGAUUAUUAAUGAUUAUCUGAUUAUGAUUUCAUCCAGCAUUAUUGCUCUAACUUCCCUUUCUAUUUGCAAGGAGCUGUCCUAAGCAAUUGUUUUCAAUUAUAGAGAACAAAAUUGGGUGAAAAGAAAGAUCACAUUAGUGAGUUUUUAUUGGGCCAGUUUUGAAUCACAUAAAAGUAGGCCUGAGGCUACACAAGUCCCACCCUCUCCCCCUGGGUUUAGCUUCUAGUGCGAUUGAAAUGUAAUCUUUGACCUCAAUCUCCCGUCCCCCAUGUGGAUUCAGUUUCCUAAGCAAACCAUGGGACGGGUGGUAUGAAGGAUUUGUGAAUCGACGGGGUAACAAGACUCUGUACUUUGGAGACGGUGUAGGAUGGCUGAGGAUGAACUCAUGAAUAUGUCAUCAUGAGCGUUAACAUGAGAAGUCAAGGAUGUAUUUUUUUUUACCAGUUGUCCAACAGGUACCUGUAAUAAGCCACUGAAAUUGGUAACAGAAACCUGUAAUACCUGCGUUUUUUCUUGUACAACCUGUUGAUGCCUUAUAAACCUAAUUACUUAGAUCUUCCUGCAACUUAUGAAGACAAAAACACAUUGAAGGUUUUGCUGUUAGUUUUCAUGAAAAUAAUAUCCUAGGUAACCUCCCAUCUUACCAGUUUCUCCUUGAAAUAUUAUUGAAGUUUUAAAAAAAAAUUAAUUUAGAUAGUGGUGUAUUAGUUGUGUGGUUUAAAACUGGUCCAAUAGAUCCACUAGUGUCAGAUUAUCAAAAUGUGUUUUUGUCUUCAUGAUUUAUUGCCCACAAUAAAUUGGAAACAUGUAAACUGAAACACUAAAAUUUUAUGUCAUGUGCUUCUUCUUCCUCUGCAGAACAAAUUGAAACCGGAAUGGAUCCAUCAUUUGAAUAACUGCUAGGAGCUCCUUGCUAAAUGCUUGUGGAAUCAGAGGCCUGAUUCACUGAACUAACUCGUCAAAACAAACUGCAAUAUUAAACAUUAAUAAUAUUAUAUAAACACUCGUAGAUAACUUCUUUCCUUGUUUCACACCUUGUUGCAUGCUUCUCUCAUUAAGCUUUGCCCAGUUAAAGUUGAGCAAGUUUUAGCUGUUUAAAGUAGGAAUAAACUUUGUUAUUCAUGUGGAAGAAACGUUUUAAAAAUUGAUCUAUUGCAUAAAUGUAGGGCUGUAUCUUAGUUGAAACAAGCAAAAGCUGUUGUCAUAACUAGUGUAUAAGCUAUGAUAAUCUAUAAAUAUAGCCAUUUAGUUGAAUGCUUUAAAGGCUUGUCAUGUGUAGCUAUAGUAUACUACCUAGGAAUAGAAAACUGAACAAAAAAGACAACAAGAAGAUAAAAUAAUCUAGAAAAAGUUAAACUGUUAUUCAUCACCUAAGGUAUAAGUGUAAGGCUAAAGUAUUUUAAUUUUACAUGGAGCAGAUUUGUUUGUAUAAUUUCAUUCUAAAGAUCCGAGCUUCUGUUUCUUGAUUUGGCCAAGAAUUUUUGAUCACUUGACAAGUUAGGUGUUCAGCUGAUUCAAUAGCAUUGUCAACAGUGUAAAAUUUCAAAUUUCUUUUGUCUGUUACUAGUGCUGAUAUUAAUUUUUUUAAACAAGAAAAAGGAACAGUAAUUUGAAUUUAACCAAUACUGCAAUAAAUUUCACUGUAAAGCAUAGCCCUGAAAAUACUUUUAACCUUAGCUUAAGUCAUUAAGAGAUUUGAUUUAAUUUGCCUUGGGCCGAACACCAAUGUACUUAGAAUAUUAAUUAUCUCCUUUGAAUUUAUGGGCGGUUUUGUUGAAACCCUUUUAACCUGCCUCAUAUGUGUGAUCUCUCUCUCUUUUCGCCAGUAGUGAAAUAAACGGAGAUUAUUCCUCCACCAUGUGUGUCCUCUUAACUCAUUAAUAAAUCUAACUUUCCUUCCAAAAACACUGAUGGGGAAAUUUGUAUGAAUAGAGUUCGUGAUAAAUCUAUUUGGUGAUGGGUGUUAACUGACAAUAUUAUUAAAACUUAUCAACAACUGGUGAAGGGUCAUUUUGGCUUCAAAUUAAUCGUCCUUUCCUUUAUAGUGAUAAACAAAACACUCUUUCAUUCCUCUGGGGGAACAGCUGUUGCUAGGUGUUAAAUUUAAAGUCCUUCUUUAAUUUGCAACAUGUGUCCAGCUUUUAUAAAUCAUGAAUAACAAAAUCAUAAUGUUAACUAAGUAAAAUUAAAUAAAUUGACAAAGGCAUGGAUUAGUGAAAUGCUAUUCUAAAAUGGUACAUUUUGAUUACUGGAAAGAUAACAUGAAGUCCCUGAUCUCUUAAAAACCUCUGUGUUGAUCAGUAUGACUAGCCACUCCUAAAGAACACAUAAUAUGCUUUACUUAAAACUACCCUCUGUUGACUUCAGCAGUUUCAUUGAUAAUAUGAAAGCUAAAUUUACAUCAGUGUACUUUUUUUUUGAGAUACCAUGGUUUUCACCUCUUCUGCAAGAGGCUUGUCUUGUGAUCACUUUAUAACUGAGGUCUUGCCCACACGAUUAUUAGCUUCAAAUGCAAAAUACAGAGCAAAGUAUUGUUGUUUCUUUGGUCACCAGUCUUUCUCUGUUCAUAAUGACACAAAAGCCUCAAUUAUUUACAUUGUCUUCAUUGUUACCAUGAAUUUUGUUUCCUUUAGUGACUAAUAUUUGGUCAUCCUGUCUGUUCAACACAGAUCUCACUAAGUUUGUGAUAUAGUCUACUUCCCUAGCUGAUUAUUAAUCAAAAAAAAAUUUUUUUUCCAUGUUGAAUUUUUCAGAGUUUUUGUAGAUUACAUUUUGAAAAGUAGUUUAUUCUAAAAAUCUUAUGGCACAAAUAGAAUUGAAAAAAAACUCUUUAUUAAAAUCAAAGUGAAAUAUCUUGGGUCAACAGAAAAUUAAUUGUCUGGCACGUUCAAUUCAACCUGUAAUUUAACCUCUAGACUUGUGUAAUAUUUUUCUUUUUUACACUGUGAAUGUUUCAGCUGAAUUUUGUAGGAACUAAAAGCAGCUGAAAAUGUAUUGACUCUACCAGAACACCUCAUUUUAAUAUGUCUAACAGAUUUUAAUUUGGAGAAAAAUCAUUUUAAGUGUUGACUACAUAAAAGCAUUUUAAAUGAAAGUGAUUAUUCAAGAAAAGGAAUCUUUGUUAGUUUCCUGCGUAGCAGGUGUUACUCAAACCUCUUUACUACAAGCAUUUUCAUUGGCCGACUUUGUAUUCCUUCCUAUGGUUAAAUGGCUUCCUGCAGCUUGUAAUAAAACCAUCCCUUAUCUUGGGACUAGAGUAGGAAAUUUGACCUAUUUUGCAUUAAAUUAUUUGAUGGCUCUUCCAUAGCAAUUUCUUAAUAGAUGAAGCAAUAUUGCAUUUUUUUCUUUUUCACCCCUAUGUGCUGUUAAUCACCCAGGUGUAACGUAGGUCUUCUUAGGAUUAAGUCCAAAUAUAAAACAAUAAAUAAAGCUUGGAGACAGACAAUAUUGAAGUCAGAACUGUGGCAUUUCCUUAAAGGCCUUAAUAAUACAAAUUUAAAUAUCUAUAUGCAGUAAAAGUUAAAAUCAUUAAAAAGAGGAAAGAAAGAUUUUUAUCACUUUAAAUUUUUAAAACUAGAAAGGCCUUUAGGUUAUAAGUUUCUUUUGUGUCUCAGCUAUUGACAAUUCAUUAAAAUUCAGAGUUCCUUAAGAGCCUUGAGCUGUUAGUAUAUUUAAAAUUGAUCUUAGUUUUUUUGCUCUUCGGUCUCGAAAAUAAUAGAAAGUCCUUGCCUCUAGGUAUUGCUUUUAUGAGUAAACAUUUCCUUUUAUGUUGUGUUUUGUGGUGUAAUUCUGGUACUAUAGACUCCUUAAUAUUAUUGCACUUACCAAGCUUUUUAAAAAUUUAUGUGUGGAAGAUUUAUUUUUAUUUUACCCAAUGUAUUACAUUUUUUUGCAACUCCCACUUUUAGAGUAAUUUAUGCCCUUUUUGACAGGGUAAAUCCUUAGUAUGUUAUUGAAAAAGAAAAAAAAAAGGUUUAGUGAUUUCAAAAUUAUUUUUACUAUUAAGAAUUUUUUAAAAAUUGUUAUUCACAUAAACAUUUGCCUGAAAAUAAUUAGAUAAUGAUAUAUUUAUGAAAAUGAUUUUAAAUGUUUUUAUUUCCAGUCAAAGAUCCAAAGAAAAUAAAGCGUGAGAGGAUAUCAGUGCAUGGGUUUUACAGAAUAGGAAAAGUUAUUGGAGAUGGAAACUUUGCCGUAGUUAGAGAAUGUAAAAAUAGGUAUGUGUAUCUUGCAUCUGUCAUAUCCAUCAUCAUUGGUUAGACAAGUCUUAAGCCCUACAUUGUUUUGAUGUUAAGGAGCCAUGUUUGCCAAUAUUUUUUUCCAAUACUGUCCAACAAUGAUCGUCUUAGAACUACCGUGUUAGAACAUCGUUGUCAAGUCCAAAGCAUAAUCAAGACUUUAAGUUUUUUAACAACAGUUUAAUUUGUUUGUAUUCUUACAGUGUUGUUUUUAUUCUUUUGUAGGAAAACAAAUAAAGAAUAUGCUCUUAAGAUUAUUAGCAAAGCUAAAGUUAAAGGAAAGGUUUGUGAAACAUUGUUUGUGCAAUAAAGAGAAAGAUAGUUUAGUUUAACCCUCAGUGAAGAAAUGAGAAAUGUAAUCAAUAUAUCACAAGCAUGGGACAAAGAAAAAUUCUGAGUCCCCAUCAGGAAUUGAACCUGUGAUCUUCCAUACACCAGUCAGAUGCUCUAACCACUGAGGUAUGAAGGACUUGUGGUGAGCUGGGCCAUAUACAAGGUUCAUGUAUGACGUGUGUCCUGCAUACUGCAAGGAUCAACAAUGUCGAAAUCGUCAUGUGUGUGAUAAAUAAAGAAAGAUGGUAAAUUUUAAGCUCAGUGAAGAAAAGAGAAAUGAUGUGAUCAAUAUGUCAUGGGCAUGAGAUGGGACAAAGAAAAAAAAAGAGACUCAGAUUUUUUCUUUCCUUUGUAGCUCAGUGGUUAGAGCAUUCAAGCGGUUUACAGAAGGUCAUAGGGUCAAUUCCUAUCGGGUACUCGGGGUUUUUCUUUGUCCCAUGUUUGUGGCAUGUUGAUAACAUCAUUUCUCAUUGUUUGCAUUUGGUCGAAACCUAACAGUGACAGAUUCAGGCUUUCAAGAGGGUUGGGGCCGUGGCCUCGAAAAUAGGUUUUCUCAUCCCUUUGGCCUAGAAAUAAGGUGGAAUCCGGGGUUCACUGUGCCCCUCCCCUAGAUCUACCAGUUUUAUAUUUUCCUGCUAUCUGAAAACUUAAAAAGAUAUCUAACAAUUCUGUUAUAUCAAUCAGUUGUGUUCUCUUCUUCUGUAGGAACACAUGGUAGAAAAUGAGAUCAGUAUAUUAAGAAGAGUGAAACAUAAGAAUAUUGUAGAGCUUAUAGAAGAAUAUGAGACACCCAAAGAAAUUUUCCUGGUUAUGGAAUUAGUUAAGGUGAGAUUGACUGAAGGUUAAAUAAAUCUACCUUUAUUCUAGUUUUUAUUGUUUUCCUUGCCACAGGUGAAAAUUUCAGCUUUUGAUUGUGUUGAUUGAGAGAAGGGGGGUCGUGGGGGGGAGGGGGUAAGAAGGGGAAAACAGCUAGGAAGUUUUUUUUGUUCUAUUUUCCUUUUGUGAAAGUAGCUGAGGGCUUAACCCUUUAGGCCCUAAGAGUGAUCAGCAUCAAAUUUCUCCUUGUAAUAUCAAUGCUCUGUAGAACAGAGUGGUCAUGAGAAUUACGGACAUGAUCACACAAGAUGAAUUUUCUUGAUAUUUUAUCAACUACUGCCCACCACUUCUGUAGGAAAGGAAUUACCAUUCUGAGAAGCUUACGUUUAUUACAUCAUAAUUGCGGGGGACAACAGGAGCCCGCAAUCCAAAUCUCCAAGUUGUUAUUACGCUUGCAUUAGAUUUUGUAGCCAGCAUUUGUUUAGACUUCCACUAAGAAUGAAUGGAAUGUACAGAACGCAAUUUGAUCACACGCGUUUGGUCUUCUAUCACUGGUAAUCUGAUCAUGCGUGUCUUGACUAUCUGUCACAUGAAACUUAUACGAAGCACAAUGAUGGAGCAGACUUUUUGACCUGCAGUAGUUGUCGCCCACACUCCACAUCCUUUGGUUAUUACUAGUAUUAUUAGUAGAAUAUUAUUUUGUUUAUCAUUCUUUCUGCAUUUUCUUCUUUUCAGGGUGGAGACCUGUUUGAGGCCAUUGUACGAGCAACUAAAUACACAGAAAAGGAUGCAAGUCACAUGAUCAGGGACUUGGCAUCUGCACUUCAUUACUUACACUCUAUGAACAUUGUUCACAGGGAUAUUAAACCAGAAAAUUUAUUAGUAAGUACUGUAUUGCAGUUGAUCCUCCAAAAAUAAUGUUAAUUCUCUUGGGUGCAAAAUCUACAGUCAUUCCAGCAAACAAACACUUUGCCCAGUUGUCAUUCAACAGUACUCUUCAUUCUAUUAUGGUGUGGCCUUAUUAGACCAUUUUACAGUUGUAGGCUUAGUACUUUAGCCUUCAAUUUAAAUGUCAGGCUGAGGUUGACCAUGUUUUGAUGAAACCUCCUUAUGGUGUGGUUUGUUUUCAUAUGGAAAUUGUGCUUGAAAAAUACUAGUUAGCAUAAGACCAACAAGUUUUACAUAAAUAAGUGAAGCAGAAAGGGAUAAUUGUAUCAAAACAAGGUCAACUCCAGCUUCGUUUCCAUCUAUAACUGUUAAAUGGUCAAUUAAGAGAGAGACAAGCGUGGUUGAGGUAAUCAGAGUUCAAGCAAACUCUGUUUCUUAAUAACAAAUUCCUCUAUUUCUUGUUUUGUGCUGUAGGUUGUAAAUUAUUCAGAUAAUAGAAAAUCUUUAAAGCUAGCAGACUUUGGUUUGGCCACAGAGGUGAACAGCCCAAUGUUUCUUGUUUGUGGAACACCAACGUACGUUGCACCAGAGAUUCUGGAUGAAACGGGGUACGUUCCUUGCCUUGGCCUGUUGUUGCCAUCUUUGUUCAUAUUAUGUAUACUUUAUUGUAAUAUUCAUACAUUGGAUUGUGCAAGAAUUUUGAGCCCUAGCCUUGGUUGUUAAAACGUGGGAUGGCGCUAUCCAGCGGAUAAAUCUUUAUCCGCCAAAUAAGUAUUAAAGGAACCAAUUCACUGCAAUUGUUUAUCUACUGGACAGAGCUUUAUUCAGGGGACAGCAUAUAAUCCACUGGUACUUUAGGUACUUUUAGGGGUUCAUUAAGAGUCAUAUCCUGCACUCUGAGAAUAGAUAAGUGUUCUAAUAAUGAGAAUCAUGUCUCAUAAAAGGGUGGUGAUUAUAUUUUGCCAUAAACUGUUUUUGUACUUUUUUUCAUUUUUUUUUUUAAUUUGGAAGCCGUUUAUUUUUCAAGGGAAGUGAAAAUAAGUGUAUGUGUGCUUACUGUUUAAUACUAAAAUUUAUUGUUAUUGUCACUAUUACUAUUUUUAUUAUUAUUUUUUAUUGUUGUUAUGAGAGUUAGUUUUUUUGUUUGUAGGUAUGGUCUUAAGGUUGAUAUCUGGGCAGCUGGAGUAAUUACAUACAUUCUCCUUUGUGGAUUCCCUCCGUUUAGAAGGUUUGACUUUACAAAGUAUCAUUCACCAUUUUGAUACUCCUAUUGAUCAAAAUAGGAUUUCUUCAUCAAGGUGUUGUGUUCAAUUUUGUGCUGAUAUCAUCAUUUUUCAUUUCAGUCCUGAUCAAGAUGAACUGUUCGACUUAAUCCUUGCUGGGGAAUUUGAAUACCUGUCACCAUUUUGGGAUGACAUUUCAGAUUCUGCAAAGGUACACAACGCUCUACUUUUUCCACUUCUUUGCUCUCAUUCCCUCUGCAGAACUGAUAACAACUUUUCAUUGUUUUGAAUAGCAGUAUAGUGCCUCGAAACCAUGCACAAGCCCUUCCUGAAGAAACCUCUCUCCCGUCAGAGAAAUUUGAUGCUUAUACUUACAGCAACUUGCUUACUUACAGUAAAUGAGAUUGAAAUUUUCUCAAAACGAAUGAUGGUUUUAUAGGCAAUUGUCCAACUGACUCUUAAUCUUAAGAAAUGCAACUGGUAAUGUGUUUUGCAUAAUUAAAUAAGCUCCCCCCUGAACAUGCUUGAAAAAAAUAAGCCCCCAGGUGGCUAAAUAGAGGAUUAUAGUUUUCUUUUGUCUUUUAGGAUCUUAUAAACCAGAUGCUCAUUGUGGAUGACAAUAAAAGAUUCUCUGCUCUUGAAGUAUUGAAUCACUCUUGGAUAAAGGUAUAGUAACAUUUCUUUUUCUUGGUUUUUAAAAUAAGCCCUUUCCUUCAUUAAUUCAAAUACCAUUUUUUAUUUACAAUGUGUUCAUGUGUUUUUUUCCCACAGGGACACACUACUGGUGACAAGGAUAUUCAUCAAAAUCUUAGAGUGGAAAUCACGAAAAAUUUUGAUCCACGUAGGAGGCUGAGAGGAGCUGCCAUUGCUGUGCAAACGGUAAAUUAUCUCUCCAAGGAAACUCAACUUAAUUCAAAGAAGCACUCUCUUCAAAGAGAAAAUCAACAACUUGACACAAAGAAAGUUGUUUUCUCAGAUGAAGUUCUCAACUUGUCUGCUGAAAAUAUUGCUUCUCACAAUUUACAGCAUGGGUCAGACAGCAAACUAAAUUUUUCUGAAAAUUUGCGGCGUAACCUGGAAAAUUUGUUGGUUGGGGAUUUGCCGCUGCGGCAUGUAAGCAGUCCAGAAAUUAAUGCUCCAACCGGUCAGCAACACUUAUCUGAAUUAGUGCUAAAUGCUGUUAGUGAAGAAAGUGUUCUACCUUACCCGCAUGGCUUUUCACGGUCGGAUGUUAAACGCAAACCUAUUUUGAGGAAAACACACGGUGGGUCAUUGCAAGAAAACAUUCCUCAGAUUGAUAAUAUUGACACAGGUAGGAAAAGAAAAAGAUCUCUUGGCACAAGGGUGGAAUCUAAAGAUGGAACUCCUAUGAACAGUUUUCAUGUACCAGAAAUAACUGAAAAUGAUGAGGUCAACUUGCAACAGUUUGUUGAACGGAAUGUUGUCCUUAAGCCUGUCUUAAUAGAUGAGGACAAUAGCCAUGCUCAUGCUGGCCAAACUACUGGACUUGCAAGCCAGCAUGCUUCUCAUAAAAAAACUAGUUGUAGUCAUAGUGACAUAACUGAGGAACUCAGAAGAAUUAAAAUGAGCUUUAAAGAAGGGGAAAAUGUUGCUGUUGAAGUUUAGUUUGAUGUGACAUAUAAAUCUGCUAUAACAAUAAUAUUACAAAAGAUGUUGAGAAUAUUUUUUCUUUUAACGUUAUUUUCGCAGAACUGCUUAAAGUUUAGAGACUUAACUACAUCAAUUUUGUAACACAGGAAAAAUAGUUAAUUAUUAUUUUGGUUGAAUAAUACAUAAUGUUCUUACAGAUGAUUAAUUUGUUAAGGUGUCUGGCACCAUAAAUGGUAAAACCAUUCUAUAGGAGUAAAAUUGGUAGUGAAAAGUGAUGAUAAAAGUUGGUAGUAAAAUUAAGGUGCAUGGUAUCUGUAAUUAGAAAAUUUGGCAAUAACCUAGUAAGAAAUGUGUAUAAAAUUUGUGAUCGUGGGAGAUACUGUAGGCAAGUUGAUAACUUCUUACCUGAAAAGGAUCGAACUAGAGAAAGUAGAAAAAAAUUGCCUUAGAUGAAGGGAUUGAAGCUUAAAACAACCAAGGAAAGUUGCUGUAAAAAAAGUUUAAUGUCUUUCAAUGCUGAUCAAGUUAUUUUGAGAAUAACAGGAUUGAAUUUGUAUUAUAUGGGCUUUUCCCCUCGCAACUUUUUGCUUCGCAGUAAGCAGUAAAUGUGAGCAAGUAAAUAUUUGAUAUUUUCCAAUGAAGUGAAUGAUUGAGAGCUUCUUUUCAAAGAAACAAAGUAUUUCACAGGUAUUUUAUAUUGGAAUGCAAAAUAAUUAAUUAUUUAUUGUUAAGAAUAAUGUAAAUAGUAAGAUUUGUUUUCCUCAUUAUUAAUGGUGGAUAAGAGACUAGGGUCUAUCUUCAGAAAGAAGGCCUGUAAAAUUUAUUGAUGUGGUAGGAUUUAAAGAAUAUGAUAGGAAUUAAUGAAUUUUUUCAUUAUUUUGAUUAUAUUGACAUACAAGUUACAGUACGCUGAUUAUUUGUAGCAUGUAAAUUUAUUUAAACAAGAGCAAAUUGACAUAAUAAUUAUAGUCUGUUCAUUCAUUUAAUAGAAAAUAAUAUUAAAGAAAUGCUUUUUUUAAAAUUAAUGAAGUUGUUUUUUAUUCUUUCUGUCUAACUAUGUAACUUUCAUUCUAAACAGCACAAUGGUUUACUCAUUUCAGGUCUUGUCUUUCUUCCAUUCUGAGGUGCUGGGGUUCCCUCUGUUGCGAUCGUGUUUUUUGCUGUUACUACUGUCAGAAUUAUGUUGUAUGGUUCUUUACCGUGGGUGUGACCCAAUCUUUUUCUUGAAAAUAAACUAACAGACAAAUAAUUAUAUUAAUCAUAUGCUUAUUUCGGUAAAAUGCUGUGUUGGAAAGGUUUGCUAGAUGCAGGGCAAUAUUAACCAUUCACUGGGAUUCAUCUUUGUCAAGUAUUAGGGACCAAAUGCAUGUUGUUGGAAAGGUUCGUUUUUUUCAUACACCCAAAGUAACAGAUGUCUUACUUGUUUUAUUGUACAGAAAAGCAGGGGGAAAGGAAUCCCCAAGUCCAUGGGUCCAGCCCAUGGGGACCGAAGAGGAAGGAAAGCCCUAAGCCCACUAUCAAGGAACUUUAUAAAAAAAGAUUUUCAUAGUGCAAGGGAAAAUCUUAAUAUGGACAUGGAAGAACUAACUAGUAACUCAGCCACAAAAACGCGUCCCUCCAUAAGAACCCCUGCUAAUUAUGUUCCUGUUUGGAGGAGGCCCUUGAGCAGUGGGAAGACCCCUGGUGGGUCCCCAAAUCAGAGUCCACGGAGAAGGCCAGUGAGGAGUGAGAAUGCUGCAUCUAUUGGACAAGAUAAAUGUAAAGUUAUCAGACAACCACCCAUGAGGUUUAGGCUGUGAUAUCAAUGGUGCCAUAAAACUUGUUAAUUCACACUUUUUUGUCCUGGGGCUGUUGUUGUUGGCUGGUCUUUGGUGAAAAUAUGUUAUUGUAAUGCCUUAUGGUUUUUGUUUUCGGCUAUGGUUUGAAAAGUCUAUGUGUUUCAGUAAGACUACAGGACAUGAUAAACUUAAAACAUUUUAAAAUUAAAGAUUGUAAAAAAUAAUAUACUGUGCAUAUUAAUUAAUUGAAAAUUAGAUUCUGUCAAGGUUAACAAAAGUAAAAUCUAAGUAUAAGUAACUUAAGUGUUUUAAACAAAGGGAUCAUAACAACAUAUAAAAGAUAAAAGAGAACUAAACAUUUCAUACAUUUUAGUUAUUAAAUGAGUUAAUAUAAAUUUUCUUUUUUCUUCUCUAAGGAAUUUAUUUUAUAACAAAUAUUGAUAUAUAAUAAUUAUUACAUUGUUGUAAUCCUUUUUUAUGUUUGUCAGAUUAAGUAUAAGUAUUUUUUGAAAAAAUAAAUGACGACCAACAAAAGUGACUCUUUCUCUUAUUAAUGAAGUUAUUUUCUCAUUAAUAUGAUUAUGGCUAGAGUUCCUUGACUACGAAUCUGGUGCAAUUAAUUUGUAAAAUUAUCAUUAUUUAUUUCUUGUUUGCUCAUUUUAGGGACAACUGUAAAUUAUUACGGUAAACGAAACACAGGUAAAUAACCUUGAAAAGUUAGUGACAGUUUAACCAACUUUCUUUUCUGGGUUGGUAGAAUAUAAAAAUGUAAAUUUCACAAUAAAUGUAAGGGGAUCAUUUUGUUGAUACUGUUGUUUUUACCAGAUUAAGGAUUAAAUUUUCAUUAUAAAAAUAAACCUUGUUUGAAGUCUUAAAAUAAUGUAAAUAACUAAAAGAAAAAGUGAUUUUAACAAUAAUAAUCAUUAAAAAAUAAAGGGAGAGGGAGUGGACAUAUUUUUCUACUCGUAAUUGUAACCUCUAAAAUUGUAUUAAUGCUAUUAUUUGCUUAUACUACUACCCACAAAAGGUUUGUAAUUUUCACAUGUAGGUAUUUCAAAUUAAGCUGAAAUACCACUGCUCUAAUCCAAUCAAAUUGUAGAAAUUUCUCAUGUGUAGUAUAAAUGCUAUUAAUAGUGUUAUAACUGUUUCAACAACGGGCCCAAGUUGUUCAAAGGGUGGAUAGCGCUAUCCAGCGGAUAAGUCUCUAUUCAGUGGAUAGUGCAAAAUUGGUUUCCCUAAUACUUAUCUACUGGGUAGUGAUUUAUCCGGUGGAUAGUGCUAUUCAGCUUUUGAACAACUGGGGCCUGAACUGAAAAUAUUCUGAUGGUUAAAACCCAACGAAAGGAGCAUGUAUGUGGAGCCAGUGAGUAUAAAUACUUUGACAGUUCAUUAAUUUUUUUAGUAAAUUUAUUUUUCUUUUUUUGUUAAGGUAAGUUUAUAUCUUAAAUUUUGUUUUGUAACUGUUUUAAUUAAAAUGUGUAAUAUAUAAGGACCUUUCAUGAAUGUAGCACAAUACUUAAUUUUUCCAAGGUGUUUAAAUAAUUUUUCAACUAAUUUUGAUCUAGAAAACAUACAGUUAAAUUUGCUCCUAUGUUGUUCGUCUUUCUAAAGUGCUAAAGUUAAAAAGUAAAGUUUAAAACUGUAACUUUAAUGUCAAUAUUGCAGGAUUACUUGGAAUUGGUUAUCGUGAUUUGGAGUCCAUUUUUGGUCUGACUAAUUUUUUUACCUGCUAAAAUUUUUUCCUCCUGGUGGGGAGAGCUCACAACAAUGUAAUAACUGACAACUGGUUUGUUAUUUUUUAGGUUAAAGCCUUGGAAAAACUUAGCAAGUCGCUUCAAGAUGGUCGUAAACUUGCAGUUGCAGAAAGCUUCCAGGAUCUUUCAUCUGCAGCUGAAGAGGAUCAUGUUGUCAAAUAUAGACACACAGAUAAACAUUCAUCACGCUUAAAACAACGUCCAAAGAGUUUGAAUUUUGAGAUUUUCUUCGACGAAUUUGAAGAGGGAGAAAACAAAACUGAUGAUGAAAAGAUAGGCCAUACAAGCGGAGAGUAUAACAAAGAGAAUGGCCAAAUCCUGAACUUUGAAAUGAUGUCCAAGUCAUUGCCAACAGAAGAAAAGGAGUAA